AUGGCUGGCUACAAACUGCCAGACUUUGACAAUCUGCCUGCUAUACAGGGUAUGCCACAAGGCUGUGCCUGGGGCGUCUUUGACACGGAUGGCAAGAAGGAUGUGUUUGGCACUAUCAAUCUGAUAACGCCAGAUAUAGUAACCGCAGCUGCUUCUGAGAUCCAGGAGGGUAUUUCUGUCUCCUUAAACUGGCCGAUUGGUGCAAUUGAGACCCCAUCCUUCCUCCGUAAGGGUCUUGAGCAUAAGGUCAUCGAUUUCAGGGACUCAGCUAUGCCUUUGCACGGGUUCGAUGAUGAGCCAACCGGCACCGCAUACAAUGGCACGAAAGGCUCUAUUGAAGCUUUUCAACAAAACUUUGGCGAUGAAGAUAAGGAUCAAAAGCACCCGACACUGGAUCACUGGCACUCCCGAGGUUGCCUCGUUGCGAGAGGCGUUCUGAUCGACUAUAAAGCAUGGGCUGAUCAUAAAGGUGUACAAUACGACCUAUUUGACGCACACCGUAUCCAGAUUAGUGAAAUUGAGCAAGUCGCUGCUGACCAGGGAGUCAAAUUUCGACAAGGCGACGUUCUCAUCAUUCGUACUGGUUUCACCGAAGCUCUGAGCACUAUGACAGGUCAACAACAGUCCGAAGCGUUAUCAACUUACCGAUCCAUUGGCGUUGAUGGCAGCAAGGAGAGCGCUAAAUGGUUCUGGAACAAACACUUCGCCGCAGUCGCAGGGGACAUGAUUGCAUUUGAAGCGAUGCCGCCGCUCAAUGAUGAUGGCAGUGAGGGCGCUGUGUCAGGAUUGGUACUCCACCAGUAUUUUCUAGCCAUGUUUGGGAUGCCGAUUGGGGAACUAUGGGAUCUUGAGGCGCUGAGCAAAACCUGCAGCCGAUUGGGCCGGUAUAGUUUUAUGUUGACAAGUAGCCCUCUGAACGUGCCGGGGAGUAUUGGCAGCCCGCCAAAUGCAAUUGCCAUAUUCUAG